GUCCUCUCUUAUCUCUGCUACAUUAUCCCAAUCUAAAUGCAUUUCUUCUCCAAAGCACAAACCAUUCCCAAAAAGCAUCUCCAUUCACAAUGGACUCCCCACUCCAAACCUACCAAAACCCUCCAUGAAACCCUUUGGCUUGUUCAAAUCAGCCAACUUCUCGAACCAAAUAACCUUCAAACAGCCUUACAAACUCCCACUUCCAUCUUUAAGAUUGCUGAUUCCAUCACCAAAAACAACCCAGAAGCUUACUUCCCCCGCCGUGUAGCUCUUGGGCCGUACCACCACUUCAAAAAUGACCUCCACAAGAUGCAAUUAUUCAAGCUCCACAACACAAUCAAGGCAAGAGAAACAUUCCAUCUCCAAGAACUCAGCCACAUUAUGGAUGAACUCAAGCACUUGGAGAUCAAAAUCCGAUCUUGUUUCGACCAUUUUCUCGAUAUUGGGUCCGAGGCCUUGGCAAGAAUCAUGCUCAUAGAUGGGUUGUUCUUGAUUCAGCUGCUGGUCAUUUCCACCGAUGAAAAAGAUGAGCUUAGAAGUGCUAGGCCUGAUCUUUGUCUCCCUUCUCCAUUUCCUUUGUUUGUUGAACAACAGUUGUAUAGUCAUCUAAUUGAGGGAAAUUUGAUGACCCAAGAUGAGUUUGUGAAGGACAUCCUUAAGCUCGAGAAUCAGAUUCCUCUUUUUGUUCUUAAAACAAUUUUACCUGAAAAUUUUGGCAACAAUUUGCAUCUGUUGUUCUUCAAAUUUUGUAACUUUGUCUCCCCCAAGCAACUUCCUCCCCAUGACAUGCCUGAUCUCAUGAGUUUAAGUGGCUAUACUAAUUUAUCCCAAAUUAUUGACCAAUCCCACCAUUUGCUUCACUUUUUGUAUCUUUUGAUCUUGGAUAGAAGAUUGAGUGUUGAUCAAGCAGUUGCAAUGGCACUGUUUCGUACUUCUUUCCUUGUGGAGUUGUUAAAUGUUUUGAGCUCAGUUCUUCAAAUUGGCUUCUUACAGCAGCUGAGUGAAGCUGCUGGGUUACUCCAAAGCUUGUUUGGUUUGCUUGGGAGAGUCGGGUCGUCGUCUUCUUCCUCGGGCGAGGACAUGGACAGCCCGCCGUUGAUCCCAUCAGCUUCGGAACUUAAAAGGGUCAGAGUGAAGUUCGAUGGUCGCUACAACGACUUUCAUGAAAGCAUGAGGUUCGAGCAGGAAUCGAAAAAAGUGUGUCUCGAGAUGCCGAGCAUGGCCAUUAAUGUCUUCUCGGAAGUAGUUUUCAGAAAUCUGGUGGCAUUUGAAGCAGCAACCAAAAAAAACGCUACUUGGUUUGCCUUCUAUGUGGCAUUGAUGAGUGGGUUGAUAACCACAGCCAAAGAUGUGAAAAUAUUGAAGCAAGCAGAGAUCAUUGAAAGCCAUUGGGGAAGUGAAGAAGAGGUGGUGAAACUGUUUGAUGGGCUGAGAAAUCUCUUGGAACUUCACAACCAGCAGAUGAGUUAUAGCUCUGGUAGAAUCAUGGAGAUGGCUGAGAUUCAAAUCGUUAAAGACAUCAAUUUCUAUUACGAAAGCUGCUGGAAGGUGAAAGCCAAGAGAUUCAUUAAGAGGUUUGUGAAUCCAAUAUUGAAGGUGAUUUUUCUUAUUCUUGUGAUUUUGCUCAUUGUUGUGGUUGUUCUACGUACAUCUUGUGGUUGGUUUAGUUGCUCUAGAGUUUUGCAUGUGCUUUCUGUAUAGCGUCACAAACAACAAUACUAAUUAGGUGUUUGCGUUUAAGAAUGGUAACAAUUUAGUCUCGUGAAAAUCUCAUCAAAAUUAAGUGUCGGUUAGUAUUACGUAGUAACUUGAUGCUUUGUUGAUCUUUGACUUAAUAUCUUAUACUCGAGCUAGAGAGGUGAUUUAGAAUCAGAUUUGGGAUGCAUAAUUGAGUAAGUUUUGAAAUGGUGAGAUUUAAAAAUUCUUUACUGGUCUUUAAAAGACUUUUUUUUUUUAUAUACAAGGUCAUUACAUUAAAGUUUUUGUUUAUUAUUCAAACUAGAGUAUGAAUAUUGGUUUCUUAAUUAGCAAAGAGAAUUAAUUUGUGUUCGAAAGAGGUAGUUCAGAGUUGAAAGUUCUUGACCUAUAGAAUUAACAGUUAAUUUAUCUAGUAAUUAAUUAAUUGGUUCAUAAAUUGAAAUUCUCAAAGAAUUUCUUCCUAUGGGUUUUCUCUUUAUCAUUUAUUUGCAUUGAUUUAUUUAUUUUUAUUCUAAUUCCAUAUUUUUCUAAAUUCAAUUGAGCGACUAUAUCUAUGGUACUUAAGUGUGCUAGAACUUAAUAUAGAGGACAACGUUUGUAUUCAUCACUUACCACUAUAUUAAAUCUUGACCUAUACAUUUCCAGUUAGCAAUUUCUAAUGUACACCGAAGCAAAUCCUAAUUUGUUAUUCAUAUAUUCCAAAGUAAUGUAUUUGUGAUAUAUUGAGUUUAAUUUCACUAAUAACAUUAUUGGAUAUAACUAGCUAGAGUUCGAACAAGAAUCAAAAAAAUGUAAUACGUCCUUGAGUAAGUCUACUCGUUGAAAAGAUGGAUACCCAAACGAUUAUGCCAAGUCUCAAGAUAAAACAUACAUGAUGUAGUGGUGUUACCAAAGGUAGUAGAAAUGGAAUUGUCUGUGGCAGGACCUCACAAUUAGCCUUGCCCCACAUUAGUAUGAGAGCCAGAUUUUUUCAUAAAAUUUGGACUUUUCUGUAACACAUGCUUAGUUUCAUAUUGAUCUUUGUCAAAACAUGACUUGAAUUAGUUUGAAUCAUGUGUUGGUGUUAUUUUUAAAGACGAUCGUGAUGCAUGUAUUU